AUGUCUUCUUCUCCUUCCUCUACUUCUUCUUUUCCAUCAAGGAAGCUACUUUUACAAAUUAUUCCUCGCGUAUCAACAGGCUCACCUAUCUCCCUACACGCCGGUACAAAAGAACCCGAGAGUAUGAUUGAUGCAAAUGUAAUUAUGGUUCUUUCAGUGCUUGUAUGUGCACUGAUAUGUGUACUAGUGCUUAAUUCCAUCAUUAGAUGUGCAUUAGGUUACUCUAAUCGGCUUGCACGUGAUUCCGGUGACAACAGACCAAUUCAGUCAGUUGCUAACACAGGAAUAAGGAAAAAGGCUCUCAAGACAUUUCCCGUAGUUACUUACUCAUCUGGCGGGUUAAAGCUUCCGGGUUUAGACACUGAAUGCGUUAUAUGCCUCUCAGAGUUCGCUCAGGGAGAGCGAAUCAGAAUUCUACCUAAAUGCAACCAUGGGUUUCAUAUUAAAUGCAUCGGUAAAUGGCUCAGUUCGCACUCAACAUGCCCAACUUGUAGGCAUUGUUUGAUCGAGACGUGCGAAAAGAUCAUUAAUGGGGGUAGCAGCCAGCCGAGGUCUUUGAUUCCACUGUCGCAGCCUCCACAUUCGUCAACCAUUGUUCCAUUAGAACAUGAAGGAAUCGUACGGAAUGUCGCGGAUAUAUGUUGA